CAUAGACUAAACAGGUACACACCCCAGAAUGUCAGUACCCACAGAGUGAGAUUUAUUCAUAGCUAGAAGAAUCGCAUCAGAGGAGUCAAGAAAAGAUUGAGGAAAAAUGAUUAGAAGUUAUAUAGCAGUCGUUAUAUGUGUUUACCUGACUAUUCAUAUUGGUGACGCACUAGACUGCUAUUCUUGCAGUGAUUUCUGCACUGAGCCUCUUAUGGAAACAUGUAGUGAUGGCGAAACCUGUUUCAGCAUUGAAAAACAAUUGGGUGAGCACCUAGCAAAGGUCAAAGGUUGCCUUGCUGAGGACCGCUGCAACACCACAGUGGGGUCCUCUGUUAGACGGUGCUGUAAUACAGACCUGUGCAACAGUGGAACAGUCCCAGACGUCUCCUCCAUGGUCUCCUUUGGACUGAUGAUUAUGAUGAACGUCGGCCUAUUCUGUCUGUGAUGAAGAUCAUUAUCAUUAAAGGGGUACUCCGGUGAAAAACAUUUAUAUAUAUUUUUUAAAUCAACUGGUGCCACAAAGUUAAACAGAUUUGUAAA